CGUCGCCGUACAACGUCAACACAAUGGGUUUUCCGCGCAUUCUCAGCAAGAAUAAUAAAAUCUAUACGAAACUGGGUGAGUUUUGUCUAUCCGGCGACAGUUUCUGGAUUGUCUGUCAUACAUGCCAGGAGGAGCUGCAAACGCAGGACGCAUUCUGGAAGCACAUACAAGAUGAGCACAAUUUCCUGCACGGCCUGGCCAAGCAGGAGCACGGCCGCAACUCCAGCUAUUGCCUGCCGGACGUGGACGCUGCGGCGGCCCCAGCGAACCAGGCGGCAUUGCCCGUGCCGCUGGCCCUCUACCAUUGUGCCAAGUACAGCGAGGAGGAGCAGCGCGAGGUCGCCGCCGCUGUCGAGCUGCACGAGGCGCAGCAGCAGCAGCAGCAACAGCAGCAACAACAGCAACAACAGCAACAGCAGCAGCAGCAGCAGCAGCAGCUACAGCAGCAGCAGCAGCGCGACUCCGCCGAGCUGCAGGCGGUGACAGCCGCUGCCGAGAGCAGCGCACGCAGCAACAAUAGCGGCAGCGGCAUUGACAUCAAAGUGGAGCCCACCAGCCUGACGCUGACGUCCGAUAUGCAGGUGGCAGCUGCUGCUGCUGCUGCUGCCGCUGCCGGCGCCGGCGCCGCCGCGGGAACGGUAACAGCAAACACAACCAUCUAUCAUUUGUCGCAGGUGGUGCCGGGGCCGCCGCCACCGCCGCCGCCAACGCCCUGUUUUGUGACAACGCCUGGCGCUGGCGGGGUCAGCACAACGCCGCCGCAUCCAGCACUGGCCGGCCCAGUCGGAGCUGGCGGCAACGGGGCCACUGCAACGGUUAUGCAGCAGGCAUGCGGCACGCUGGGCAUGCCGCUGCUCGGCGUUGCCGCUGGCCAGGCGGAGCUGGUGGCAAAGGAGUCGAACAGCACAACGGCCAGCGCCAGCAGCGCCGUCUCCUCGGACGAUGGCGAGCGCUGGUAUAUCUGCGAUUAUGGCGCCUGUGGACUGAAAUUUAAAUACAAAUCGCGCAUGGAGCUGCAUCGGGUGGUGCACAGCAAGGAGCGGCGUUUCAACUGUGAUAUGUGCAGCGCCUCCUUCAAGCAGUCCUGCAAUCUGUCCACGCACCGCAAGAAGAAGCACUCGCUGCGGGGCAUCAAGAGCGAGCUACUGCCGCAGCGCUUCUAAAGGCGGCGCCGCCAGGAUUCAGCCCAGCUCCUCCCAGCGCAGCCCAGCUCCUCCCAGCGCAGCCCAGGACCAAGUGCAAGCGUUUUCGUUGUAAGCCCAAACCCAAACUGAAACCUAAUCCCAAUCCACCUUAAGCCAUUUUCUAUACAUAUAUAUACAUGUGUAUAUAUUGAUACCCUUUUUG